UUAAUAUAAAAAAUAAAAUUUUGAACACUUGCGCGACAAAAGUCGAACACAGUUUCCCACGGUGGCUCUCUCCGUCCAUGAAGCGCUCUGCUCCUCCUGUCCAAUUCCUCGCCGCCGCUUUCGCCGUUGAUUCCGCCUCCAUGUAUUCUCGCCGCCCUCCGUACCGUGGCAGUAAUAACAGAAAUCAGUGGGGAAGAACCUUUUCGAACGGUCCGUAUACAGAAGACUCCAAUUUAGGGUUCCUCCAAGGAGAAGCAAACCACAACUUCACUCCACGACCUUCGCCACCGCCUCCUCCGCGUUAUUAUCAAAAUCAACAAUUUCGCCAACCACCACCACCACAACCGUCCGAUCAAAACCGGAUAUUCUGGUAUUCUCCACCGUUCAAUCAAAAUCACAAUCGACAGUUCUUCAACCAGAAUCACAGGCUGCAGAGGCCUGCUAAGCCGUUGGAUUAUAGGAAUUGGGAGUAUGCCAAAACGGCGCCUCCUCGUGACUCUGAAAGAUUUAUAGUUCUUUCUUAUAAUAUAUUAGCUGAUUAUCUAGCAAUCAAUCACAGAAGCAAACUUUAUUAUCAUAUACCACGGCAUAUGUUAGAUUGGGAAUGGCGAAAGAGGAGUAUAAUUUUCGAGCUUGGUUUAUGGUCUGCUGAUAUAAUGUGUUUUCAGGAGGUUGAUAGGUUUGGGGACUUGGAAGAGGUGUUGAAGGUCCGGGGAUACAGUGGAAUUUGGAAGAUGCGGACUGGCAAUGCAAUUGAUGGUUGUGCAAUCUUUUGGAGAACAUCGAGGUUCAGAUUGGUCCAUGAAGAAUCAAUUGAGUUUAAUAAACAUGGACUUCGGGAUAAUGUUGCUCAGAUAUGUGUGCUAGAGCAGUUAAUAAGACAAGACAACACUGCAGACACAUCAACUCUACCUACAAGCUCAACCAUUUCUAAUAAAGUUCUCAUAUGUAACAUUCAUGUGCUUUACAAUCCCAAAAGAGGAGAUAUUAAGCUCGGUCAGGUCAGGAUGCUUCUAGAUAGGGCUCAUGCUGUUUCAAAAACCUGGAAUGAUGCCCCGGUUAUUCUUUGUGGCGAUUUUAAUUGUACUCCAAAGAGCCCGUUGUACAACUUCAUUUCAGAACAGAAGUUGGAUUUCUCAGGAAUUGAUAGGGGUAAAGUAUCAGGACAAGCUUCUGCUGAAAUAUGCAAUUCUAGGCCAUAUAAUUUUGGUCGUAAUCCUAAUGCUAGUCCUGGGCCUGCAAACUAUUGCAGGACUCAGUCCUCUGAUAAUUCGGUUCAAGCUCCAUUAAUGGUAGAUAGCAAGCAGAGUGAUACACUCCCAAACACGCAGAAGCAGAAUAACCAACAUGAGAGGCUGGGAGAUGUUGCUUCUGUUAAGGACUACUCUCAGCCCAAACAUACAAGGACUGUGCUGAAUGCUUUGGAUGUGAGUGUAGGUAGUGAACUGUGUGUUGAAGAGAGAGAACUGUACAAAGCAGUCGAGCAAGGCUCAACAAUAUUUCAUGGUGAGGGCAAGUUACCUGUUGAUCAAAUGAGUGAUGAGAUGAACAAAUCAAUUCCUCCACUGACCUCCCAUCCUGAAGAUGCCUAUUCUGACAAGAGGGAACAACGAGAAGGAGGAAAUUCUACUUCUCUUCUUAAUCAAGUAUCAUCAUGUGAGCAUUCAUCACAUACAAAUACAGAAAAUAUAAGGGAAAAGUCUGAUGAUCAUGAAGUCUCUACUUCAGCACAUCCUUCAUCUCAGCCAAUUGUUGAUGACGAGAAAACUGACCUUUCACCCUCCUAUCAAGUCAACAUCUCAGAUGCUUCGGUUAGUUAUGUAGAUGAUAAGCUACUGGAGGAUGUUUCUCUUCAGGAUCUAAAUGACUUGUUUCCAGAAAGUAGAACAAUAGGGGAAGACCAAAGUACUUUUUUAUCUGCGCUACAUGGAGUGGAGGGCUCAUUGUCACACGACCCUAAUUAUUCCCCAAAAGGACUUGCAUCUGAUCUAAAUGACUCUCAGUUGGAUUCACCUGAUGACAAAGUUCUGGAUGAUUUUCCUCUGGGACUUGAUUCUGAGGGUGCUGGUGUGGGGAAAACUGCAGACGAUCCAUCAUUAUGGACCCCCAUGGAAAUAGUGACUGCUACAGGCAAUGUAGACUGCAUGUUUGUGGAACAUCCGCUAAAGCUCAAAAGCACAUAUACACAAGUUGAGGACUGUUAUGGGACAAGAGACUCAAAUGGAGAACCCUUGGUGACCAGCUACAACAGGUGUUUCUUCGGCACAGUUGAUUAUAUAUGGUAUUCGGAAGGUCUCCAGACUGUCAAGGUGCUUGCUCCAAUGGCAAAACAUGCUAUGCAAUGGACAGCAGGAUUCCCGACAAAGAAAUGGGGUAGUGAUCACAUUGCAUUGGCUUCUGAAUUUGCAUUUACAAAAGAUGCGAGCAACAAUAACAUAGAAGUUCAAUAGCACAGAAAUGGGCUUGUGUGGUUGCAGUCUAAAGAAGCUCAGAAAUACAAUUUCAGCUCUCGGCUUAUAGUCUUCCUUCGGCAUUUGUAAAUUAUAGCACUUCAUGAGGUUCGAGCUGCUCUCUUGUGAAGCAUUACUCUCUUGUACUUCUCUGUAUUUUGUUUUUUAGUCCAAGAUUUGAUUUUUAGUCA